AUGUCUCAAAAUCAAUUUGAUCAAAGUAAUAACAAUAAGGUUGAAGGUUCAUCUCGCCUUGAAAUUCAAAAACGUCUUCAAGAACGUUUAAAAUCUAGAACUGAUACCACCAGCAGAUCAACACCAAGAACCUUUCAACAAUUACCCGAUUAUUUAAAACAAGUCUUGCCUGAUAAUUAUACAUAUAUCAUUAAAUCUUAUAAAGAAAUAGAACUUGAAACCUUUGCCGGUGCUCCAACUGCAGCUUUUGAUUCAACCUUUUAUAUAAAUAUUUCCAGCAUCGAAGCAAUUGAACAAUGGAAAGCCGCAUUUCAUGCCAAAACCGGUACCAUAUUUCGUAUCACUAGAGCUGAUAAAGUUAAAGGAAUCAAAGUUAUUUAUCAUAAAGAUUUCCAUUGUCGACAUGCAGACAUAGCUGCAAUCAAAUACAUGCAAAAAACUUAUGCACAAAAGGUUGGUCAACGUCGCAAUAGAAACACAAAUUGCCAAUGUUUGGCUAAAAUUCGUCUUGAAAAAAGCCAUUUAAAUUCAACAAAUAAUAUAAUGCUAACAAAUAUUCCUAAUACUCCUUCGAACGCAUCUACUUCAAGUGAUGAAAGUGGAAGCAAUACUCCUCAAUGUAAUUUGGAAUUUGAAUUUGAAUCAAGAUCAUCUAGUAUUAGGCAAACAACACUUAAACGAUCUGCAUCUGAAUAUUUUCCUGACCAACACCAACUUCAUGGAUCGUCAUCACUUAAACGAAGAUCCACCACCACUGGUGCAGGACGAACUAACUACAACAACAACUAA